AUGAUCGCUGGUUCAAAUGGUCUGGCGACUAACCAAAAUUUGCAUCUUCGCAUUCCAUCUAAAUCUGCCUUAUGCCCCAGAUGUACCAGUUCUGAAUCGCAGGAACAUAUUUUCCUGUUGUGUCCUUUUGCGGAGGCGAUUUGGUUAGGAUCGGAAUUGAAUGAAUGGAGUAGAAAUCUGCCUAAGGCUUCAGUCAGGCUGUUCUGGAAUGCUUUGGUAGACAGGUUGGCUGCUCAAGCUGACAAAAUGAAUUUGCUAGCUAAAUGUGUUCUCCUGUUUUGGUCCAUUUGGCGAGCCCAGAACGCUUUAAUCUUCUCCGACAUUGAUAGCGAUCCUAUGGUAGUCAUUCAAGCAGCAAUCAAUUUCGGUAUUGAUUUUUCAGCCAUAAGUAAUCAGCAGGUGCGUACUAGGGUAAGGGCAGAAUGUACUGCUGUUUGGACCCCUCCCCCCUUACAUGUUUUUAAGAUUAAUUUUGAUGGGGCUUAUCUCAAAGAGUCUCUAGAAGGGGUUGGAGCUUGCGUGGUUCGGGAUCAUACUGGUCGGGUUUCUCACUCGUGUGCUAGGCGGUUUACUAACGUAACAUCUCCUGCUAUGAUCAAAGCUUUAGCACUUCGGGAGGCCAUUCUACUAGCUCACAGAAUUCGGCUAAUAAACCCUAUAUUCGAAGGAGAUGCCAAGACUAUAAUAGAAGCAGCGGGGUCGGAUGCCUCAGCAGGGGGAGACUGUGAUGUUAUAAUCGCUUAUGUGAGCGUUUUAGUUAUAAUCGCUUUAAGUUUGAAUACAGAAAUUGUAAUUGGGUGGCUCAUGACGUAG